GAAAGACACGCUACACACAAAGACUCCCGUGGCACUUCCAAACAGGCGCUUUGGACAAGAUGUUACCUUGGCCUUGCGUGUGCGUUUCCAUUUAGAUAUGUGGAUUGUUUGUUACGCGUUAGGUUUGAUUUGUAGGGUCGAAGAGAUAGCCGCAGCUCACGUACUUUAGUUUUAGGCACUUUGGGAGCGCAGCAGCUCGAUUAGGCAACCGUUCUCAAACACGCACGAUUCGAAACUGACGAGGAGGACAGGUGGACGCCACGCCGAUCAGCCGCGAAGGGGAAACUUGUCACCAUGAGUUCCGACAAGAGCAAAAUGGAGGAUGAAGCUGUCUUGGACAGAGGAGCCUCAUUUGUCAAACAUAUCUGUGAUGAAGAGGAAGUGGAAGGUCAUCACACUGUGUACAUUGGUGUCCACGUUCCCAAGAGCUACCACAGGAGGAGGCGCCACAGACGCAAGUCUAGCCACAAGGAGAAGCGGGAACGACCUGAACAGAGUGCAGAAGGGUCCAAGUCCGACGGGGAGAAUGUAGACGUGAGCGUCCUCAAACCUCUCAUUUCUCCUGCUGAGAGAAUCCGGUUUAUCCUGGGAGAGGAGGAUGAUGGCCCACCACCUCCCCAGCUCUUCACUGAGCUGGAUGAGCUUCUGGAAGUGGACGGGCAGGAGAUGGAGUGGAAGGAAACUGCCAGGUGGAUCAAGUUUGAGGAGAAGGUGGAGAAGGGAGGUGAACGCUGGAGCAAACCUCAUGUGGCCACGCUGUCCUUGCAUAGUUUGAUGGAACUGAAAACUUUUAUUGAGAAGGGCACGAUCAUGCUGGAUCUGGAGGCCGCCUCGCUGCCGCAGAUUGUCGAAAUGGUCACUGACAGCCAGAUUGAGAGUGGUCAGUUGAAGCCGGACCUGAAGGAGAAGGUCACAUACACCUUGCUGAGGAAGCAUCGGCACCAGACCAAGAAAUCCAACUUGCGCUCUCUUGCAGAUAUUGGCAAGACUGUUUCCAGUGCAAGCAGGCUAUUUUCUAGCCAGGAGAACGCCCGCAACCCCCUCGAGCACCCUGUGCCUUGUUUAAACCCACAAGACUCAGAGGAACCAUGUGAGGUCAUGAGGAGCUCCAGCAUGGGAUACCUCUGUAGUCCAACUACAACCCACCGAAACCUCACCUCCAACAGCCUGAGUGACUUCUCUGAUAAGCCGGAGAAAGAUCAGCUGAAGAAUAAGUUCAUGAAAAAAUUGCCCCGCGACGCUGAGGCUUCAAACGUGCUGGUCGGGGAGGUAGAUUUCCUGGAAACCCCCUUUGUGGCUUUUGUCCGUCUGCAGCAGGCUGUCAUGCUUGGGGCACUCACUGAGGUCCCUGUGCCCACAAGAUUUCUCUUCGUCCUUUUGGGUCCCAAGGGCAAAGCUAAAUCCUAUCAUGAGAUAGGAAGAGCCAUCGCUACCCUGAUGUCAGAUGAGGUAUUCCACGAUAUUGCCUAUAAAGCAAAGGACAGGCAGGACCUGCUGGCUGGUAUUGAGGAAUUCCUGGAUGAGGUCAUUGUCCUGCCCCCUGGCGAGUGGGACCCUGAUAUCAGGAUAGAGCCACCAAAGUCCCUGCCUUCUUCAGACAAGAGGAAGAACAUGUACACUGGAUUAGAGGCACCUCAGAUGAAUGGCGACACUCCCCAUGACACAGGACAUGGAGGGGGUGGAGGACACCAAGUUGGAGAGGAGCUUCAGCGCACUAGAAAGUUUUGUGGAGGUCUCAUCUUGGAUGUGAAGCGGAAAUUGCCCUUUUUCGCCAGCGACUUCUAUGAUGCGCUCAACAUCCAGUCUCUGUCUGCCAUCUUGUUCAUCUAUUUGGGCACAGUCACCAAUGCGAUCACCUUUGGAGGCCUGCUUGGAGAUGCUACAGAAAACAUGCAGGGAGUGCUGGAAAGCUUCCUUGGAACAGCACUGACGGGAGCAGUGUUCUGUCUGCUGGCUGGUCAGCCCCUGACUAUUCUCAGCAGCACCGGACCGGUGCUAGUCUUCGAAAGGCUCCUCUUCAGUUUCAGCAAAGACAACGGCUUCGACUACCUUGAAUUCCGGCUGUGGAUCGGCCUAUGGUCAGCCAUAUUCUGUCUGGUGCUGGUCGCCACAGACGCCAGCUUCCUGGUGCAGUAUUUCACACGCUUCACAGAGGAAGGCUUUUCGGCGCUCAUCAGCUUCAUUUUCAUCUAUGAUGCUUUUAAGAAGAUGAUAAAGCUGGCCCACUACAACCCGAUCAACGCGGAUUAUGAUCCCAACCUCGUCACUCAGUACGACUGCCACUGCAUGCCUGGCAACUCGUCAGAACUCUUUGAUCUAUCUGCCCUGACAAACAGUACUAAUCUGCCAGUAAAUGCUACCUGGGCAUCUCUGACCAAGAAGCAGUGUAUGAAGUAUGGAGGACAGUUAGUUGGAGAAAGCUGUGGCUACGUGCCUGACAUCACCCUGAUGUCUUUCAUUUUGUUCCUUGGGACCUACACCUGCUCCAUGUCUCUGAAGAAGUUCAAGACGAGCCGCUUCUUCCCCACCCGAGUGAGGAAGCUCAUCAGUGACUUUGCGAUCAUCUUGGCCAUCCUUCUCUUCUGCGGCGUGGAUGCCUUAGUUGGUGUGGAGACUCCAAAGCUCUUAGUGCCAAGUGAAUUCAAGCCCACAAGUCCACUGAGGGGCUGGUUCGUUCCUCCUUUUGGGGGAAACCCUUGGUGGGUGUACCUGGCAGCUGCACUUCCUGCUCUGCUUGUCACCAUUCUGAUAUUCAUGGACCAGCAGAUCACAGCUGUAAUUGUCAACAGGAAAGAGCACAAACUUAAGAAAGGGGCAGGUUAUCACUUGGACCUGUUCUGGGUGGCCAUCCUGAUGGUGAUCUGCUCUUUCAUGGGCCUGCCGUGGUAUGUGGCCGCCACUGUCAUUUCCAUCGCCCACAUCGACUCUCUGAAAAUGGAGACUGAGACUUCUGCCCCUGGAGAGCAGCCUAAAUUCCUGGGUGUCAGGGAACAGCGAGUCACUGGUAUCUUCGUGUUCAUCCUGACGGGACUCUCCGUCUUCAUGGCUCCUAUCCUCAAGUUCAUUCCCAUGCCAGUGCUCUAUGGUGUGUUCCUCUACAUGGGUGUGGCAUCACUCAAUGGUGUCCAGUUCAUGGAUCGCCUGCAGCUGCUCCUCAUGCCUGCCAAGCACCAGCCGGACCUGAUCUACCUGCGGCACGUUCCCCAGAGACGCAUCCACCUCUUUACUUUCAUCCAGGCCCUGUGCUUGGCCCUUCUGUGGGUCCUCAAAUCUACUGUCGCUGCCAUCGUUUUCCCUGUCAUGGUUUUAGCAUUGGUUGCUGUUCGCAAAGGAAUGGACUACGUGUUCUCCCAGCAUGACCUCGGCUAUCUCGAUGACGUCAUCCCAGAGAAAGACAAGAAGAAGAAAGAAGAUGAGAAGAAAAAGAAGAACAAGAAGAAGGGAAGCAUUGACAGUGAAAUUGAAUUUGACCUCCAUCGUCGACUUUCCUUCACCCCCAUUCACCGUGCUGAGCACUACUUUUUCUCUCCGUCUGUGGAAAAUCUCAACAGCGGUUCAUACAAAAAAGGUUCACCUCAGAUUCGAAUAUCCCGGGACUCUGUGGACAGCUGUUUCAUCUACAAGAAAGGGUCCGAAAGUGUCCUGUGAAAAAACAUCACUAUGCAGAAACCACACCCAUUCUCUCUCUCUCUCUUUUUUUUUUUCUUUGUACUGUAAUACUGCCUCAUAACAGUGUUUUUUAAAAUGCCACAUGCGAGGAUUUGAAUCUGAUUAGCUGGAAAAGUAUUUGUCUUAACAUUGAAAGACUUUGGUGGUACUGAAUUUUAAUAAGGGCUGACACAAGACCAUUUGUAUCAUUUUACUUCAGGAGACAAAAGGGCUUCACAAGGUCACACAGUUUCUUGCUAAUCUUCCCAAUUUGUAUGUUAAUAACUGAACAAGAAUCAAGCUAGAGUUGUAGUAGUCAUCAAAUAGACCCGGGGAUCCAAUUUUGAGCUUCAUAACACGCACACCCCUUUUACUUUUCACUCUGUACAUAUCAGAUCAUUUUUAAUGGACUAUUCUUCUUAAUAAUAUCCCACAUAACCAGCCUCUCUUCCUAAGUACUGUGUUUAGUUGUUAUUUUUUUACGGUUUUUAAGGCAUAGCUCUUGGAACCUUGACAUUCAAACACAGUGGAGGUACUGCACAGAGGAUUCAGAGUCCUCCUUUAGUGAACAAAAGACUUCAGAUCAUUUAUGCACACUUACACGAGGAACUUGAUGUGAAGCAUCCAUCUAAAGAUGCGUGUUCAUAAACACACCCAGAAGAAUAAUGCAACAUGCUUGAAUGUGGCAAGAAGUAAAUGGUUCAACAACAUGCCGACUGGAACUACUAUAUUUGUUUCCUAAUCUUCAUUGUUGCUCCCCUUUUUUCUUUAUUUAUUAUAUUUAAACUCAUAAAGGUUGCUGGUUGGAUAUUAAAUGCAACUUAGCCAUUUAACCUUUUGUGGAAAUUUGAAGUUUCUGUGAUCUGUAUCCACUCAGCUGUGUCGUCCCCAUUGUGGGGAUUUAUCCAUGUACUAUACCUGUAUGUAGCGCUACCUCUUAUAUACUGUAGGUGCCAGGUGUGAUAUAUUAAUAUAUCUGCUGUGCAUUGAUUUGUGAUCAAAUACUACUUAAAAAAAACAAAAAAACAAAACUAAAAAUCAAACGAACUGGCACUAGGAUCUCUGAAUCAUUUAAGAUAUAUUUUAUUUUGGCACAACGUUUAAUUACUAUGUGCAAACUGCAAUGAUUUAAAGGGGCAGCAUCACCCACAUUUCUUACCAAAAAGCAAAUAUUUUAAGAAUAUUUAAAAUUUCUAAAUAUGUUUAUUUAACAAUUUGAGUUUGGAUGAAUAAAAUAUUAAGGAGAAAGAAAGUGUUGUUUUCCUCCUGAUGGUCCAAAAGCUGAAAGCUGAGAAGAGCUGAGAAGUAUUUGGCCCAUCUCAUGCUUCAUAUUCCAGUACACUUAAGUAUCAACAUGUUACUGAGUCUAAUUCAGUUCAAUUUUAAAACUUGUUCAAAAUAUGUUAACUUAAUCAAGUUUCAAUCUUUUUAUUGUAUUGUGUGUUAU